AGUUAUUUUUUGACAUUUGCUCCGCCUGUUGUCUUGUUGGUUUAUUUGGAUUAGAAAAGUAAUGCUAAAGUCGAAAAUUGCAAUCCUUAGCGAAAUGUUUAUUGCGCAGAAUUUAGAAAUUCCAAUUAACUGUGACUGAUUCAAUUAAGCUCACUGCCGUGUUUUAUGAGAGUCAAAAAUGAGUGACAAUAUCAAAGUAGUCGUUAAAGUAAGACCUCUGAUUUCUCGUGAGUUAGAAGAAAAACUUUCAUAUCAAUGGCGUGUUAAAAAUAAUACUUUAUGCCAACUCGAUCAAAAUGGGCGUGAUUUUGGUCCGUCCUUUACAUUUGACAAAGUCUAUGAUAAAGAUACGAAAACUACUCAUAUUUACAAUGAUAUAGCAAAACCUAUUGUGGAAGCAGCCACAGCUGGCUUCAAUGGAACUAUUUUCGCUUAUGGACAGACCUCGUCAGGGAAAACAUACACCAUGACAGGAACAGAAGAUUCACCUGGAAUAAUACCACUUGCUGUUUUCAACCUAUUUGAGAACAUUAAAAAUAUACCUAACAGAGACUUCUUAGUAAGAGUAUCUUACAUAGAAAUCUAUAACGAAACACUGAUGGAUCUGCUUAAUGUGGAAAAGAAGAUCUCAAAAGUGCAUGAAACCUUACAAGGUGUUAAAGUUGACUGUACAGAGCAAGUUACCACCUCACCAGAAGAAGUGCUGAAAUAUUUAAAAGAGGGUCAGGCAAAUCGACAAACAGGAGCCACCAACAUGAAUGAGGAAAGCAGUAGAUCACAUUCAAUAUUUCAAAUUACAAUCGAAUCCCGUGAACAUAUAGAAGGUGAAGAAGAAGUUGGUUGUGUGAAUGUUUCCACCUUGAAUCUCGUAGACCUGGCUGGUUCAGAGCGUGCUGGUCAAACUGGUGCCACAGGAAUAAGAUUCAAAGAAGGCACACACAUAAACAAAUCUCUGUCCACACUGGCUCUUGUUAUUAAGCAACUAUCAGAAGAGCAAACUAAAUUGACACGAAUAUUGCAAAACUCCCUCGGAGGAAAUGCCAAGACUAGCAUUAUCUGUGCCAUAACACCUGCUGCUGUGGAGGAAACAAUCUCAACACUACAAUUUGCCAAUAGAGCUAAAGCUAUCAAGAACAAACCUGAAGUUAACGCGGUAGCGACGGACGCCACUAUGAUACAGAGUUUAACAAAACAACUGUCGAAGUUACAAUCACAACUGGAAAGUAAAAAGAAUCUGGAAGUGAUGUUGGAAAGCAAGAAGAAUGUUGAGCAAGAUAACUACAAUCUUCAAAAGCAAAUUGCAGCAUUGCAACGGCUUAUAUUAAACGGAUUUGGUACCAGAAGCAGUUUGGACAUGCUGGGAAGUCGCCGAAAGUUGGUCCCGCCACGCCGCAUCACUAUCUCCACUUUACAUCCCAUAGAAGAAGAUCAAGCUCCGACGCUGCCUAAGUUUCAUACACCUUUGCUUAAAUACAAUCCAAUGCUGCUUUCGAAUACUACAGAUUUUGUGCCGAUACAAAACACAAAAAAACUAACACGUGUGUCAGAGGAAAAUGACAACAAACUUGUAACACCCCCACCGACAAAUAAAAAAGUCAAUUUUAAUGAAGAAAUCAUAGAACUAGAUAGUGAUGAUGAUAACAACCCUAUGGAUGUACAGACUUGCUCCCCUUAUCAUAAAUGUUAUGGUGCAUCAAAGACACCUCCAUGUGUUCUUAGAAAAAAUGCUAAGUUAGCUGAGAAAAAUCUAAAAGACAUUGUAGAACUGACUGAAAGAGAAAAAAUAUAUACACCAAGUGUGGUUGAAUUAAUAGAAAAAUUAGAACAAAACGCAUCUGUGAUAACUAGUUUACAAGAUGAAGUGAAUUCACUUCAUAAAAAAAGUAAAGACAAAGAUUUGGAAAUUGAUCAAUUGCGAGUCAAAGUUAGCAAAUCAAAUGAAGAGAUUAAAACUGUAUCUACUACUAAGGCUGAAUUAGAAGCUCUUUGCAAAGAAUAUACAACAAAAUUAACCGACUGGGAAGUUACUUACGAGACAUUAAGGGAUAAGGCUGCGAGAAGAGAAGAAGAAUUAUUAUCACUCUUAGAAGAACAAAAACUUAUAACAGUCCAUAGACAAGAUCACGACAUAAGUAGACCAUUACCAAAAAGUGUGGAAAAGGAACUCUGCUUUAUGGAUAUGUCUAAGGAUAUAUCUUUAGUAAACAGCGACAAUGAAAACAGUAUCGUGAAUACAAAUGAUGAUGAGUCUUGCUCUCAAUUGCAAGAUUUGGUAACAGAUAUGCAAAACCAAUUAAGGUCUAAGAAUGAAGUAGUUGCCCAAUUAGAAGCAGAUCUAAUCUCUCAUCAACAAACAAUAUCGUCUUUAGAAAACUCUAUUCGUCACCUCCAAUCUACAGUCGACACUUUUAAUGAGAGAGUAACUCUAUUAGAAAACGAAAAUUCCUUGCUCCAAUCUACAAUAACCACCUUAAACUCUACAAUAACUAGUCAAAAGUCAAGUUUAGAGUCAGCUCACAAUGAUAUAGAAUCUUAUAAUAGUGUAAUACAAGAACUUCAAAUUAAAUUAACAAACAAGGAAAAGAUUCUUAACUUAAAUAUUAACGAAGACACGAUUGAAAAUAUGAUAGCUAUUGAAGAAAAAUUUAUUGCCAAUCAUGAUAACAUGAAGAAUAUCAUUCAUUGUUUUAAAGUUGCCCUAGAUUCACGAAACAAAGAAAUCGAAUCAUUUAAAUUGACUCUCACUAAUCUAUCUUGUAUUGAAACCGAUUUAAAAGACCAGCUCACAGUUAAAGAUAAAGAAAACCACAAUCUUAAUAAUAAAUUGAAAUCACUGGAAGAACAAAUAAAUAUUAAUAUAGCUCUUAUUGAAAAACUAACGCAAGAUAAAAGCAAUCUAACUAAUAUGGAACACCAACUUACUUGCCAGAUAUCAGAUAUAAAUGAACAAAACAAUAAAUUAGAAAAAAUAAAUAACGACAUUAAGUUAAAUUUAAUCUCUAUAGAAGAAUGCAACAGAAAACUUACAGCUACAGUUGCUGAAAAAGAUAUAUUAAUAGAAAUGCUUACUAAAAAAAAUGAGGAACUUAGUGACACUCUUGAGAAAGUUAAUUUAAAUGUCAAUAAUUUAAAAAAUGAUAUUAAUUCACUUAACAAAGAAGAACAAAAUAAAAAAGUAAAAGCUAUAUUACACUCAAUACAUAAUAGCUUGGUAAGACUGGAUUGUCAAUAUAAAGAUUCCACUGACUAUAGUAAGGAACACGAAGCCGACGUUUUCAGUAUUUUAGAAAAUAAAUGGAUGACUUUUGAAUCUAAAGUUUUUGAAGAAUUGUCUUCAAAAGAGUUUACAAUACAAAACUAUUUAAAACUAAAUAGAGACCUUGAACUAUCAAAUUCCAAAGUAAUGAAUGAAUUAAGUGACCUGCGAACAAAAAUGUUACAGAUAACAGAGGACCUGGAGCGACAUAAAAAUAUUAUUGAAGAUAUGACCGAGCAACAUAGACAAAUAAAUCAUCAACUGGAAAUCAAAUGUUACGAAUACGACAAUUUAAAUUCCAUCCUGAAUUAUACUAAAGAAAACAAUCAAAAACUUAGCAAUGACAUUCUUGAAAUACAAACAUCAAAGAAUCUUCAAAUACAACAAAAUGACUCUGCUUUAGAUUUGAAGGCCAAAAUUAUAGAGGAAAAGGAUAAUCAAAUAUAUGAAUUGACUCAAAGCUUGAAAACAAUUAAGAAAGAUUUAGAAUAUAAGGUAAACAAUAUAUCUAAAAAACUCAAUGAAAGUGAAGAGAAUGAAAGAUUACAAUUAAACUAUGUUUUUGAACAGACUUCUAUUUUAGCUGGGUUAUUAAAUAUUGAGAGCAAUAUCGCCUGUAAUGAUGACUUAAUAUCUUACAGUAGUAUUGUUCAAAGGUUAGAAGAUAUAACUCAUAACAUAAAGAAAAUUAAAUACAAAAAACAUGAAGAAAAUCUUGAAGACUGUCUGUCUCAAGCAAGAAAAGAAAUUGAACAUUUGACUAGAGAAAAUGAGAGUCUACUUGAAAAGCUGACAAAAACAGAAAACACAAACAACAUAUUAUGUUUAGAACUUGAUGAAAUCAAAUUACAUAAUAAAAGUUUAAAUAUAGAUUUAACUGAAGUAAAUAAAACAUUAGAGCUCCUUCGGAUUGAUUUAAAAGAAAAAUCAACAGAUAUGGAGAUAAUGGUUACGAAAACAGAAGAUUUAAAAAAGCACUUUACAGGAUUAGAUCAUAUAAUGCAGGACGAAAUAAAAGAACUUAUGGCAUGUAAUGAAAAUCUCAAAAUGAAGUGUUCUAAAUUGGAAUCAGUCAGAAACUUUACGGAGAACUCCAAAUCAUUCAAUGAUGAUAUUUAUGAUAUUAACAGUCAAACUAUAACAUUAUCACAAUGUGAUGUAGCAUCACAAAUCAAUGUUAUAGAAAACAAAUCACCACCUAGUCUACUUACUAUAUGUUGCAAUACCAUUUUAGAUACUAUACAGCCAUCUGAAAAUUCUAUUUCUACAUCAAAUUCAUGUAUGAGUGUUCCAUUUAAAGAACAAGGAACAAAGACUUGUACCUGCGGUCAAAUAUUUAGUGAAUUAAAACAAGCUCAAACCGAAAAUAACAAAUUAUCACAAAUCAUCCAGGAACAGGAGUCACACAUUAAAUAUUUGAUUCAAGAGCAAGAAAUAGUUCGUCAAGAAGUUCAGCUCCUUUUAGAACCUGCCUAUGAACUACAAAAAAAAAUCAACAGUCACAAAACUAAUUUGUCUACUCUCACUGCUACAACUUAUGCUGAAAAUAAAUCGUUGAAAUCCCAAGUAACUGCUUUACAACACCACCACAACCGAUUUCAUAGUGUGUGUCAAAGGGAUCUACCUAUUGUUAAAAAGCAAUUGUAUGAACUAAUGGCAAUAUUAAAAUCUGACAACUCAUAUAUUGAUAAAAAUUCCAGUUUCAAAAGAUUUUCUUUGCCAAGUGUAUUUGACAAUAAUUCCACUCUUAACAAUCUAAAAAACGAAUCCACUUUAGAUGGUGAUUUAUUAAUGUUAGAUACUAACGUGACCUUAGCAACAUCAACGGAUACUCUGUUGGGUAUUGAUCAAACCUGUUUAGAUAUUACUCACAUAAAUGCAACUAAUGAUGUUGCAUGUCAAACCAUAGAAUCGACAAAUGCGGGUAUAUCUACUGAGGAUUACAACUUAUCACUAAUAGACAAAUUGUCAGAUGAAAAUAGAAUAAUUAUGGAAAGGAUAUAUAUUUUGGAACAAGAAAAAGAGGCAUUAAACACUCAAAUACAGCAAUACUCUUCUUUAUCCGUACCUAAAGCAAAUGUCCAAACCAGCCCCAUUAAAACAGACAAUAUACUUAAUGAGUGCACUAAAUGCUAUGAUAAUAUAGAGAAACAAAAAAGCUUGGAAGAAAAACUUGAAAUUUUAUCGCAAGACUUAAACAUUACCAAGUCCCUGAAAAGAGACUUUGAAGAAAAAUAUAAUAGCCUUAGUUUAGAAAUUCCUUCUACUGAAGGUCUAAUUCGUAAAUUGAAUGCAUUCGAAAGAGAUGUUAAAAAUAAAUCUGAAGAAAUUCAAAAGCUGUCAAUUUCUAUAAAUGUUAAACAUACAGAAAUUAAGCAGCUUCAACAAGAAAAUGAGUCAUUAUCCACACAGCUAAUGGAGGUCAUAACAGAAAGCGACGAGUUGAGCAAAGAACUGGAAUGCGUCAAAGAAGAAAACACAAAAUUAACAGAAAAAUGCUCACAAGUAGAAAUUUUACUAAAAGGGGACGGAAAUUCGGACUGUGUGCAAUGCACUAUAAAAAACCAAGUAAUCAAAACGUUACAAAACAUAGACUCGCACUCAAAACUGAAUAGAAGCUUUAGUGAUUCGGAAACCUCGUCUAGGUACAAUAAAAUCUGCACCUUACAGCAUGAGUUACACGCAGGUAGAGAAGACUGCAAAGAAUUAACUAAAGAGGUCGCUACUAUCAAAAGUCAGUUAGAACGUAGUAACGACUUGUCUAUAGGUCAGAAUAUGGACUUGGAUGAUAGUGUGGCUGUAUCUAAUAAUUACUCAAAGCAACAUGAAUCAGAUGAUCCUCCACUCAAUAAGUUAAUUGUAUCAAAUCAACAAGAACACGAAUGUGAUCCUUACACACUAGAUAAAACAGACUGCAUCAAUUAUUACAUAGAAAAAACGGGUUCUAGCAAAGACAAUCUCAAUUUUAAUAUUAAAAUGAUAGAUAUAAUGAAAAUGUUCUAUGAAUACUUUAUGACUGAACGUAAUAAGGUUGAAAAUUUUAUUAAUAAGAUUAAAUGUUAUGAGGAAUCGAAAAAUCAAUUAGAAAAAAAUGUGGAAGACAUCACUAGAGAAUAUUCAAAAAUCAAAGUGUUACUUGAAGAAAAAGAAAAUAACUUCAAAGAAGUGAUAAAUGUAAUGUCACAAAUAAAGAAGAAUAUCACAUUAAUAGCUGAUGAAAUGUCUAAUAAUAUUGAAAAUAAGAACUCAAAACUUGUCACUAUAUUUAAAGAAAAACUUUUAGUUAUUUUAGAUAAUCAGUUUAACUUGUCGUCUGCUACCGUUUUUGAUAAAAUUAUUGAAUCUGUAGUAACUAAGCAUCACAAUGACCUAAGUAGUAUUACAGAACAAUACACAAAAUUACAAAAACAUAUGGAAAGGCUUUCUUUAGAAUUAAACACUGUUAAUGACAAUCUAUGUCAAAUGAAAUGCCAGCUAUCUGCCAAAGAAAAUGAAUACAAUAUACUAAAGGCUCAAAAAGAAAGAAUAUAUGAGAUCAGUAAUGCUGUAACUCUAGAUAUCAUCAAGAAAGAGAAAGAGCUUUGUGAAAUAAUUGCAAUUGGCUGCAAUAAACUUGUGGAUCAUAAGAUUAUUUCUAGCAACAUUGAUACAACAUUACCAUUAAAUAAGAUAGUCGAUUUAUUAUUUGAAAUGAUUAUAAUGGAUUAUAAACCUACUUCUUCUGAAGCAGAAAAAGAUAAAGAAAACUUAGUCUUGGAACUAAGUAAAUAUAAAACAGAAUUAGAAGGAAUUAAAAAAACAUUAAAUGAUUUAGAAACAGAUAAUUACAAAUUAAAAGAAGUAAACAAGUCUGUUAGUUUAAAUUUAGUUAAUGUAGAAACUGAACUACAGUCACUUAAAUCAUCAAACGAAGAUAUAAAAAGAAUGUAUGAAAGUAAAGUGAAAGAAAACGAAGCUAAUAUUCUAAAACUAAAUCAAAUUACUCAAGACUUGAAACUUAUGAAAGAGUCAUUAACAGAAAAAGAAAACGUCAUCAGUAAGCUCAAAACAGAAAAAGAAAUGGAAAUAAUCGGAAUCAUGAACAAAACCAUAAACCUUAAACAGGAAAUUGAUGAUCUAAAAACCAUAAAUGCUGUCAUAAGUAGAGAAAAGGAAUCAUAUGCUUCAGAGUUGGAAAAAUGUAAAGAAACAAUUAAGGUUAAUAAUAAGGAAUUGGACAAUAUGACAUCUGAUAUAUUAGUACUAAGAGAGUCUGUGAAAGAAAAUUCAUUUGUUAUAGAUAAUUUAAAGCUGGAAGCCAAGUCUUUAUUACAGCAAAAUCUUGAGCUUAAAGCAGAACUUGAUGGAAAAUGUAAGGAUUGUUCUCGUUUAGAAAUGAACAUCAAAACGCAUGAAAAGACUGCAGAAAUACAAAGUAAAAUGAUCAUAAGACUUCAGAAGCAAAAAGGCGACGAUGAUAACACAAUCAGUGAUAAAAAUAAACAUAUUGAAGAACUGACACAACGGUAUGCCAACCUACAAAAGGAAUGUGAAGUAUUGAAGAACAAUAUUGUUGAAUCGCGAAAAGAAAUAGAUAACCUGAAAAACACUAAGGAAAAUCUUGAGAUGCGUGUUUCUGAAAUGGAAAUGGACUUGGCGAACAUUAACAAGCCGCGAGCCUCAUUAGAGCCGGACUCGACGCGGCGACGACGACAAAGCAUUCACGAUUCUAAACGAACCAUCGUGGAAGAUAGCGGCGAUCAUAAUAAAAUUGAAGCUGUAUUCGAGUCCCGCACAAAACCAACUGACUUCUUUAUGGAUGUUGACGAAGACAGCUCUAAUAGGAGCACGCCACAUAGGUCUAGUCGGGGGCGCGAUAGUUUCACAUCACGCCACGAACCGGAAGAAAAAGAUGACGAUCCUCCAUCACGUCCCAGCAGCGUGGCGGCCACGCGUCGUCGACGACAGAGCACUCACGAUCUGCAUCGCGCAGGAGUGCAACGUACUCCUACACCCCACGAACGACCGGCAAGCAGAGAACUCAAUUCCACUGAUUUGAAGAUAUCAGAUAUAGAUAAUAAUAACAUACAAAGUGAGGUGAUUCAACUUCGAGAUCAACUAUCUUCUUGUCAACAAGAGUUGGAAGAAUUAAAAGAGCGCUUCCGAGAAGUAGAUGAAGAGUGCGAGAUAUGCUCACAGUAUCUCCGAGAAAGAGAAGAGCAGUGCAAACAACUCAAGAAGGAGAAAGCAACUCUAACAAAUAUAAUCUCCGAAUUGCAAGAAAAACUCCAGUCAGUUAAUACAAAUAGAAAUCAACAAGAACGUAAACGAGUUUAUGCAGACGCUUCUGUUAACACUGACGAAGACUGGGCCAAUCUUCACUCGGUGGUCGUCGACCGAAUGUCCUAUGAUGCGGAAGUUGAGAAAAACAAGAGAUUGACCAAAACCAUAGAAGAGUUGAGAUACAAGAAACAGGAUCUCAAGAAUAUUCUUGCUAAAAUGCAGAAGACAUUGGAAAAGAAUGCGGCGCGAGAUCACACCAAAGAACUCGAAGCCACUAAAUCUGAACUUCGAAUAUGCAAACAAGAGCUCAAAGAGUUGAGAGAGAAAUACAAGGCGCUUGAUGUACAAUAUGACAAAUGUGCCCAGUACCUACGCGAACGUGAUGAACACUGUCGCAAUCUGAAAGAAGCGAAGGGAGCACUCGAGGCAAAACUGCAAGAGUAUCAAGAGAACUCGGGGAAUAUCGCGGUAUCCGUUCGUAAAAAGCGUCAGAGCGCAUACGAUCAAAACCGAUGCCCCAACGCCGACGUCACCGAUGCCUGCACAGAAACUACAGAUGAUUUCUUGAGCUAUCAAGUAGAACACGAUGGUGAUACAAAUGAACUCAGGCGUCUCAAGUCGGCGGUAGACAAACUUUCUCAACAAAAAGCAGCGUUAGAACACCAAUUAAUUUCGCAAACAUCUGCCUCAGCGCCUAAUCCUGUGUAUAUUGCAACUGGCAGCGCUAUUGUACAGAAUCAACAAAUAACUGACGUCAUGAAAGAGAACCAGAAACUAAAGAAGGUGAAUGCGAAGUUGAUUCAAAUUUGCAAAAAGAGAGGGAAGAAAUAUGACAUGGAAAAUCAAGACGUUUCUGAACAAGCUUGAGACAAACUUAACUUUUUUAUAGAGCAAAUUUUAGUGAAUACCUUGUAAGACAGUCGAAUGACAGCUGGCACUGUUGAUGAAGAGGAUUCCCGAUUUGACAAACAUUAUGAUAUGAAAGACUGAAUGUUACAACAUUCCAGUAAGCAUUUAUUUACAACGAAAGCAUAAUCGAAAUGUUUGAACUUCAAUGUGAUUGAAUUAGUGCCAUGGCAGGUUGAUUGUCGAGUAUUUAGAUAAAUUAUUGUGAUCAUCAUGGUACAAUAGCAUUAAGUAUUAUUAGUUUAUAUUUGUACUUAAAAACUUUGUGGUGCCCAAUACUAUUAUUUUUAUAAUAAUACAUAGAAAAUAAAUAGUUUGCAUGUAAAUACAUACUUAUAUGUGUAUAUUAUCAUACUAAAAUACUAAUUCACAUUUAUGAAUACAGAAUCUAAAAUAUAUAUUUCUAAAAUUACCUGAUUAAAAUUACGCACAAUUUGAUGUCUCAAAUAUUGUAUUCGUAAUUUCCUUGUAUGUUGAUUAUAUACAGAAAUGAUUAAUUGUAAAAUUUUGUUUUACUGUAAUAAAAACCAAAUAAAAUGGAA